CGCCUUCCCCAUGCGUUCGGCUUCUGCCUUUCUCCCGAGGUGCCACAGUUUGCGCAUGCGCAAUCGUAUCUGAGUACUGUCUCCCCCGCCCCAGUGUAAGAUGGUGGCCGUCUGGCUGUAAGAAGCUAGCGAAGGCCGAGCAGUCACACCCUCAGUCAGUGCCGGAGGAGGAGGAGUUCCCCGGCCGCCAUUACUCUCCCAGGCGCACACGGAGCUGAAGAGCCGGCGCAGGAGGCGGUGCAAGCCGGAUACGCGGAUUUUUGCAUCCCAGAGAUUUUAAUUUCACUAAGUUAUUACAAGCCUGGAAUUUUUUUUUUCUUUUUCCUUUUUUUUUUUUUUUCCUUCAAUUUUUCGGGGGAAUCCGUAAAGAUGUCGCGCAGCCCCGUGGUAAAGGAAGACCCCGUGGAAUGCCCCCUUUGCAUGGAGCCCUUAGAGAUCGACGACAUCAACUUUUUCCCUUGCACGUGCGGAUACCAGAUCUGCCGCUUUUGUUGGCACCGUAUACGCACAGAUGAAAAUGGGCUGUGUCCCGCUUGCAGAAAGCCAUAUCCAGAAGACCCCGCAGUGUACAAACCACUUUCACAAGAAGAACUGCAGAGGAUAAAAAAUGAAAAAAAGCAGAAACAGAACGAGCGGAAACAGAAAAUCUCCGAAAACCGCAAACAUCUAGCAAGCGUGCGCGUCGUUCAGAAAAACCUAGUCUUUGUAGUGGGGCUUUCACAGCGACUAGCAGACCCAGAGGUUUUAAAACGGCCAGAGUAUUUUGGGAAAUUUGGGAAAAUACACAAAGUUGUUAUCAACAACAGCACGUCCUAUGCAGGCUCACAGGGUCCAAGUGCAAGUGCAUACGUCACAUACAUUCGGUCAGAAGAUGCGCUCCGAGCCAUACAGUGUGUCAACAAUGUGGUCGUAGACGGAAGAACGCUAAAGGCAUCGUUAGGAACGACAAAAUACUGCAGCUACUUCUUAAAAAAUAUGCAGUGUCCAAAGCCAGACUGUAUGUAUUUGCACGAACUGGGGGACGAGGCGGCGAGCUUCACGAAAGAGGAAAUGCAGGCAGGGAAACAUCAAGAAUAUGAACAGAAGCUGCUACAAGAACUCUACAAAUUAAAUCCAAACUUCUUGCAGCUUUCUACGGGUACAGUGGACAAAAAUAAGAACAAAGUGACAGCGCUACAGAGGUAUGAUGUACCCAACAGUAAUAACAAAGACGCCUGGCCGUCCUUACAGAAUUCAAACAGAUCAGCCAAUGGCCUUGGACUGGAACACAGGAAGUCGCCUCCUAUUUUAGACAAUGGCCUAGAUCCUGACCACAUGACUCCGGACGGUCCCGACUCAGACUUUGGGCUGUUUUGGGAAUCCGCUGAACACAAUGUUGCCAAAUUUGGCAGGGUGAUAGAGGACGAUACAAGUUCAGUCGACAAAUCUUCAGAGUCGUUAAGUAUAGGCAACGGAGAUAACCUACAACAGAUAUUAACAAGCGACACACCAUCACCUCCGCCAGGGUUAUCAAAACCAAAUCCCUCCGUCCCCAUCAGCUCUGCCAAUCACAGCGCGCGGUCCCCGUUCGAAGACGCCAUGACAGAAUCACAGUCUUUGUUCUCUGACAAUUUCCGGCACCCCAAUCCCAUCCCCAGCGGCCUCCCUCCCUUUCCCAGCUCCCCACAGACAUCCAGCGAGUGGCCAACAGCUCCAGAACCACAGAGCCUCUUCACAUCAGAAACGAUUCCCGUAUCGUCUUCGACAGAUUGGCAAGCAGCCUUCGGGUUCGGCUCGUCUAAGCAGCAAGAGGACGACCUGGGUUUCGACCCGUUCGAUAUCACCCGCAAAGCCUUAGCAGACUUGAUUGAGAAAGAACUGUCUGUACAAGAUCAGCCCGCCCUUUCGCCCACGUCUCUUCAGAACCCUCCUCCCCACCCCGCCGCCAAAGGCCCCGGCUCCGGCUUCCUCCACCCCACCACAGCCGCCAACGCCAACUCCAUUGCUAGCACCUUCUCCGUUUUGCCACAGAGGUUCCCGCCUUUUCAACACAGAGCGGUUUACAAUUCGUUCAGUUUUCCCGGGCAGGCCGCGCGGUAUCCCUGGAUGGCCUUUCCACGCAAUAACAUCAUGCACUUGAAUCACACAGCAAAUCCAACCUCAAAUAGUAAUUUCUUGGACUUGUCACACCCUCCUCAGCACAACACAGGCCUAGGAGGUAUCACUGUAGCAGACCACAGCAAUUCAAUAGAGGGUUUAAAUAUGAAGGAAUGGCAGGACGGGCUCAGGGCACUUCUACCCAACAUUAACAUCAACUUUGGUGGGCUUUCCAAUGCUUCUACCCCCAACGCACCAACGUCCAACACUGCCACCACCAACAGCUUGAACUGGGACAGCUCUGGCAGCUGGAUGGACCCCGCCAUUAUCUCAGGCAUCCCAUCAUCCACAGGAAAUGGUUUAGAGUCUCUACAGGAUGACAAUCCACCACACUGGUUAAAAUCACUGCAAGCCCUCACAGAGAUGGACGGCCCCAGCAGUUCCAUACCACCCCACCACCCACACAAUAACCUCUUCAGCGCACAGAUACCCCUACACAGAGGCAACUGGAGCCCUUACCCUCCCCCAUCAAAUCCCGCCAGUUUCCACUCCCCACCCCCCGGCUUCCAGACAGCUUUCAGACCCCCAACCAAAACACCUACAGAUCUAUUACAGAGCUCCGCCCUGGACCGUCAUUAAGCCUAAGGAACAGUUAGAUCUUUGGGAAUUCUCCCUUCACUCCUCAAUCCAAAAAUUCAGUCCUCAGUGUUUUUCCCCCCCUCUCAUAUCACCCUUCUCCUCCAACCCCUUUCCAUUGUAUUUCAGGAAUCUUGGUUUCCGAGCCGAUGCCCCCCCACCCGAAGCUCGGCCAAGACUUGUCCCAUAAUCGCUGCGGCGACGACUUGAUUUUUAAGAACUGCCCGUCGGCCAUAGCCGCGACAGCUUCAACCGAUCUUUUUACCUCUUCCCUCGAAUCAAGAAACAAAUCAAAUUCUAACAGGCAAAAAUUUUCAAAAAGAGAAGAGCGAAACCAGAUUCCAACUUUGAAGAGCCGUUGGGAAUAAAUUCAGUCCGCUGCAUGAUAUGUUUGUGUUUCUUAAAAAAGCCAGAAUUAAGCUUUAACGCCUUUUGUGAUUGGACGGCGCUUGGAGAACUAGCUAGCGAAAUAGCCAAUGAUACAAUCGUUGGGGACAAGGAAAUAAAAAAUCGACACAACGCACUUCUCUAUGGUAUCGACUGAUUGAAAUAUUUUUUCAUUUUUCCCCCCCUCGUUCUUUCCGUAGGUUUGAGGCCAUUGAUAUCAUUUUCUUCAGGACCAAGGGGCCCGAUUAACACACCUAUAUCAGUUAAACCCCGCCUCUUUCAGCCAAAGGGGUGGAAAAGAUAUGCCCAUUUGCCCGUCGUUUCCUCAUUGGAUUCACCAAUUUUUUGUUUUGCACACGUUGAGCAGCAGACCUUUCUUUUUAGAUGCUACUGAAGAGCUGCCAUAUUGUUCUUAACGCCAUCCAGAGAGUUGGGGCACUUUUUUUUGUUUUUUCGAGUAUGGAUUUUGGUCCCUGACGGCUUCAAAAGUCCCAUGAAUGUUGGGUCGGUACAUACGGUACCAAAGGGUUUGAGCUGUUUGUAAACUCGUGUCCCACUCAAAUGUUUUUGGUUGUUUUUUUUUUAAUUUUGUGGCCCCUCCUGAGUAUAAGAAUUGGUCCCGAUGUGUGUGCGCGACAGCAUUAGCGGCCUGUGAUCUUCUAAAGCUCUCGGCCCCUUCCGACCCUUUGCCUGGAUCCACAAGCCCUAGCCUUCACCAUCUCCGGAAGUGUUGCACAGUAUUGGAAAUAAUCCAUAUAAUGGGAGGAGGAGAAGUUCUAACAAAUAAAAUGGGGUGGGGGGGGAGAUCAAACAUGGUUAUAACCCGAUGCUAAAGGAUAAAAAAAAAAAACACAAAACCCGGAAAAUGUACCUCUGUCUUCAGAAUUAAAACUAAAAUCUUAAAUAAAACAGAAAACUUGAUGAUAAAAGG